UCUAGCGUAUUUAUUAGAGGGUUACUGAGGCAACCGGCGCCUGGAACGACCACAGGUCGUCAUUUUCGAAACGAUUCCCUACGAGUAAAUCGCUUUUAGCUAAGCAACAGUCACUGUCGACUGUCGCUCGCCUCCGUGCUACCAUACACAGACACCAAACGCUGUUUAGACUUUAAAGCCACUCAAAGGAGCUUGUAAAUUAGCAUUUACUAUAACACUUCCGGGCAUUUCUUUUUUUCAAAAUAGAAGCCUCUGCAGCGCGCUGCCGUUGUGAUGCUUUUUACACACACUUGACGCUUCCGCUUUUCUUUGGCUUCCCUCUAUUGACUCAACUCUGCUUCAAAAGCGUUUUUUCCAUUCUCACGUGCUCGCGCGCGCACGCACGCUCUUAUUCUCACUCACUCACUCCUUUCUCUUCUCAAAAGCGCCUUGUGAAGCGGAUUGACAGGCUAGAAUGAAAAUGAGGCGGACGCUCGCUCGCGACUUCAGUGCGUACGCGUCCUUUUGAGAAAGACCUCUAAAGUUGGAUCAUAUCGCCAUGGGAGCUGUUUGGGCUGCAAGGGACUUUUGUUUGUUUUUGCUCCUGUUAAAUAGUCGCCAAAGCGCAGCGCUUCCAGAGUUUCGAGAUCCAUGCGCAGAGGGAAGUGAUGGCUGUCACAUUGAUGCUAUUUGUCAAACGACCCAAGACUCUUAUAAGUGCACGUGUAAAGCAGGUUUUAAAGGCGAUGGAAAACAGUGUGAAGAUAUUGAUGAAUGUGACCUGGAGUACAAUGGGGGUUGUGUGCAUGAGUGCAACAACACACCAGGCAAUUAUCGCUGCACUUGUUAUGAUGGGUUUCAUUUGGCACAUGAUGGACAUAACUGUCUAGAUGUGGAUGAAUGCCAGUUCAACAACGGUGGGUGCCAGCACACUUGUGUCAACACAAUGGGCAGCUACGAGUGCCGCUGCAAAGAGGGCUUCUUCCUCAGCGACAACCAGCACACGUGCAUCCACCGCUCUGUGGAGGGCCUCAACUGUAUGAAUAAGGAGCACGGCUGCGCCCACAUCUGCAAGGAGACAUCCAAAGGGGGUGUGGCCUGUGAGUGCCGUCCAGGCUUUGAGCUGGCCAAGAACCAGAGAGACUGCAUCUUGACUUGUAACCAUGGCAAUGGAGGCUGCCAGCACACCUGCGAGGACACUGAGAACGGCUCCAUAUGCAGGUGUCACAGCAGGUACACUCUGCAGCCUGACAGGAGCUCAUGUGUAGAACGAGAUGAAGCCACCACAGAGUCCUUGGACCACAAUGCCACGUCCUUUACAGAGGUGGACAAGCGGGUCAAACGAAGGCUGUUAAUGGAAACUUGCGCCGUGAACAAUGGCGGCUGCGACUGCACCUGCAAAGACACAUCCACCGGCGUGCGCUGCAGCUGCCCCGCUGGCUUCACGCUUCAGCCAGAUGGGAAGACGUGCAAAGAUAUCGAUGAAUGCGAGGUCAACAACGGCGGCUGCGAUCACUCCUGCAAGAACACCAUCGGCAGCUUUGAGUGCAACUGCAGAAAAGGUUUUAAGCUGCUGACAGACGAACGCUCCUGUCAAGAUAUAGACGAAUGCUUCUUCGAGCGCACAUGUGAUCACACCUGUGUGAACUCCCCGGGUGGUUUUCAGUGUCUGUGCAACAAAGGCUAUACCAUGUACGGACUGGCCCACUGUGGAGAUAUAAAUGAAUGCAGUGUGAACAAUGCCGGUUGCGAGCAUGGCUGUGAGAACACCGUGGGUGGAUUUGAAUGCUUUUGCCGUCCCGGCUAUAAGCUACAUUGGAACAAAAAGGACUGCAUCGCGGCUCAGGGUUUAUCACCUGCACAGCCCCCAUCUAAACCUACUUUGAACUGUAGCAAGCAGGAGGGAGGGGAUCGCUGCUUUCUGACCUGCCAGUCUCAAGUACACAUCAGCAGCGGGACGGAGGAUUCCUACACAGUGACCUGUGGAAUGCCUCUGCCCUGCUUGGCUGACGCACAAAAGAACAACAGUGGCUCAUAUUGCUUAGGUCGAGAAACGGCCAGCCUUGCCCGCAUUAAGACAACGGCCACUUUUAAGUCUGGCACCGCAAGGUGCAACUUAAAACGAAGUCAGGAGAAACUCAGGGAGAGCCUAAACUCAGCGCGCUCAGAAAGGAAGUUUCUCUUCACUGAAAAUGUCCAGUUCAGCUACGUGAGCCUGCACUGCACCUCAUCCGGACAGAGAAUGCGUAGCCGCCAUGGCAGGAAGGCCGGCGAAGAGGACGGCUCCUCAAUCACUGCUGAGUUUGAGCUGGAUGUGAACCUAGAGGAGGUAACAGCAGAGGGUUGUGACGUGAACUGCGUGCGCCGCCGUUCAGAGAAGAGGCUCAGGAAGACCAUCAGGACCCUGCGGAAGUCCAUCAACCGGGAGCAGUUCCACCUCCACUUUGCCGGAGCAGACUACAAUCUAUCCAGGAGUCCGGGCCAGCUGGCAGAGCUGCCAGGACACUGCGUAGCAGGACAGAUGUUCUUGGGCAGAAAAUGUGUGAGCUGCGGUGUUGGGACCUACUACGAUGGCGAUCAGGGACGGUGUUUGUCGUGUCCAGCUGGAACAUAUCAGGACGAGGAGGGACAGAUGUCCUGUGAGGUGUGUCCUACACCUCAAGGAAGAGAAGUCUCCAAAGUGGUGGGAGCUCGAAACAUUUCAGAGUGUGGAGGUCAGUGUUCCCCUGGUCAGUACUCCCACGAUGGCUUCAUCCCCUGCCUGCUCUGUCCACCUGGAACGUACCAACCAGAGGUGGGGCGCACCUCCUGCUUCCCCUGUGGAGGGGACCUGGACACCCGGCGCAGCGCAGCUGUCUCAUUCCAGGAGUGUGAGACCAAAGUGCAGUGCUCUCCAGGACAUUACUACAACACCAGCACACACCGCUGCAUUCGCUGCCCUAUGGGCACAUAUCAAGGGGAUUUUGGUCAGAACUACUGUGUCACCUGCCCUGGAAACACCACCACCGACUAUGAUGGUUCCACUAACAUCAUGCAGUGCAAAAACCGACGAUGUGGAGGAGAGCUCGGGGAUUUUACAGGUUACAUCGAAUCUCCCAACUACCCGGGAAACUAUCCUGCGAAUAUCGAGUGCACUUGGAUCAUUAACCCUCCCCCCAAACGCAGGAUCCUUAUUGUUGUCCCUGAAAUCUACCUGCCUAUUGAGGAUGAAUGUGGAGACUACUUGGUGAUGAGAAAAAGCUCUCUCCCCAACUCUGUGACAACCUACGAGACGUGUCAGACGUACGAACGUCCCAUCGCCUUCACCUCCCGCUCCAAGAGGCUUUGGAUACAGUUCAGGUCCAAUGAGGGAAACAGCGGCAAAGGCUUCCAGGUUCCAUAUGUGACGUAUGAUGAGGACUACCAGGAGUUGAUAGAAGACAUCGUCAGAGAUGGAAGAUUAUAUGCUUCAGAGCAUCACCAGGAAAUACUUAAGGACAAGAAGCUCAUGAAGGCACUGUUUGACGUGCUGGCUCACCCACAAAACUUCUUCAAUUAUACAGCGCAAGAAUCGAGAGAAAUGUUCCCCAAAUCCUUCAUUCGUUUCCUGCGGUCCAAAGUCCUGAGGUUCCUUCGUCCUUAAAGAAAAAAAAAGUUGCCACAAAGUUCCAGGAUUUUUCAUAAUAAGCUUAAAUUAGAAACUGGACCCUCUUAUGUGUUUUAUCAAUUGACCCCUGUGCAUUCUAACAUUACGUGUUGGACAAGAGGACCGCACCUGAUGAAACGAUCCCAAUGGAAAAGUGAAAUUUUUAACUGAGGAAGUGGUACAAACCACAGAUCUAUAUGGGUUUCCUCGGAGAGGAAUUAGGAGAUCUCAUUUGGAAAAUACUUCUAACAGCAGAUGAACGACAUUAUACGGCCCUUUAAAUUUUAAAGUUGGGAUUUAAAUUCCAAGUCCAAAUUGGGUAUUUGAAUGUUGAGAAAUACUAUACAUGGCGGCAUUAUGGGACUCUUUAAUUGCAUUUGGAUGAAAAACAAAUAUGAUAGACGAACAGAUAUAUGCUGAAUGUCAGUAACACUGUAUAUAGGUUUAGGUUUAACAUUUAGUUUUUUAACAUGGCCUGCACAGGUAGGCAUGAAAUACUGACAGAAAUACUGCAAAAAUGUCAGGAACAAAUAGCGCACACAAGUUUUCUUGGGGAAAUUAGCACUGCAAAAGAAGUAGCCCUGCCACAAAAGCAAUUAUUCUGAUGAAUGUCUUGUAUAUGAUGUAAAAAGUUUUAGGUGAAACGCUAAUGUUUUGUAGCAGCUACAUACACUUUAAUGGUAUAGCAUGGCUGCGUUUGCUGUUGGCUCACGUAUUUGGUCUUCUAAGGUGUCUGGAUGAGCACUGCUGUUCUUUAAAAAAUACUUUUUCCUUUCCAAAACUAGUCACAAGACAAUGACUGCUUCAGCUAGGUCACUAGCAACCAAAGACAACGAAUUACUCUGCAGAGAAACGGAACAAUUUGUGAUGCCAUGAAUACAUGAAAAGUUCUGUAAAAUAGAAGUAAACUAUAUUUACCUCUCCUAGAUGAAACAAGUAUGUAUAUUUUUUAUGAUUUUGUACAUCGAAUGUGCUGUAAAUAAAGAUUGGAAACUGAUUUCCACCA